CUGUUUUUUCAGUGCAGGGAGGUGAUUUUUGUGCAAAGCAUCCACUGCAACAGAAACCCUUAUUUCAGCGUUUUAAAAUUGAUACAAAAAAAAUUCCUGCACAAGCUCUGGUCUUGUGCAAACAACAGCGAUCUGCCUUCAGAUUCGCUGGGGUUCCUUUCAGUGUGACUUACUGUGACAGCACUGAGAAGAAAAACCGAUCACGUUCAUGGAAGAAGAGUGAUUUUAAUGAAAUCACCGUUGACAGACUGAGAGCGGCGCGGGGAACGAGUAGGUCUAUACACUACGAUCUGGGGACAGUCCUGAUCACAGUUUCCAGAGGAAGAUACAAUUAGGCUAUAAUUGUCAGAUUUGCUGAAUUUUGUGCAUCAGCUGUAAAUCAAAACAAGCCAGAAUGGAAGAGGACAUGGAUGAGGGACAAACAUCCAAAGGCUGCUUUGAGUGCUGCAUCAAAUGCUUGGGCGGCAUCCCGUAUCCAUCCCUGAUCGCUACCAUCCUGCUCUACGCCGGUGUGGCGCUCUUCUGUGGCUGCGGCCAUGAGGCGCUGUCCGGCACCGUCACCAUCCUGCAGAAUUACUUUGAAGUGGUUAGAGGCCCUAUUGACUCCUUGGAUGUCUUCGCCAUGAUCGACAUUAUAAAAUACGUGAUUUACGGUAUUGCGUCUGCCUUCUUCGUGUACGGCAUCCUGCUGAUGGUGGAGGGCUUCUUCACUACCGGGGCCCUCAGGGAUCUGUACGGCGACUUCAAGAUCACGACCUGCGGCCGCUGUGUUAGUGCCUUGUUUAUCAUGCUGACGUACAUCUUCAUGCUGGCCUGGCUGGGAGUGACUGCCUUUACGUCACUGCCAGUCUUCAUGUACUUCAACGUCUGGAAUAUCUGCCAGAACACUACUGCCGUUGACAACUUGUGCUUAGAUCUCCGCCAGUUUGGAAUUAUAAACAUCAGAGAGGAAAAGAAAGUGUGUUCUGCAUCUGAGAAAUUCUUCAAGAUGUGCGAAUCGAACGAGCUGGACCUGACAUUCCACCUCUUUGUCUGCGCUCUUGCGGGAGCCGGAGCUGUGGUGAUCGCCAUGAUUCAUUACUUGAUGGUUCUCUCGUCUAACUGGGCCUACGUGAAAGAUGCAUGCAAGAUGCAGAAGUACGAGGACAUCAAGUCCAAGGAGGAGCAGGAGCUGCACGACAUCCACUCCACCCGUUCCAAAGAGCGCCUCAAUGCGUACACAUAAAACACACGCGCGUCCAGCUUCGCACCCUUUCUGAGGAGGGGGGGUGGGGGGGGGCUCGCUUCUGCUGUAUAUGAGGACAGGUCAUAACAAGGUGGUGAGGGGUCCUCUGGUGGCAUUGCUCAUAACAACCCUGUACCUCCUCCUGGGACUGGAUUUUUUUUUCUCCGUUUGUCGCUAAUGCUUGUUUUUUUAAUUUAGGGAAAUCAGUUCAUAAUGCGGCUCCCUAUGUUAUGUUAAGUCAGCAAUCCGUAAAUAAUGUAAAAUAUUUGAAAUAUUCAGAUUGCAUCAUAUAAUAAUUAUGAUUAUUUACAUAUAAUGAGACCACUAAAUAGUUUAUUUAUUCAUUCCUUCAUGAUUCAUUCAAAUCCAUAAUGAUAAUUCUGGGUUAAAACAGUUACUUCUUCAGCAUAAAUGUCACACUAGCUUUAUAUUUUAUUUUAUUUUUAUAAAGUGCAUAAAAUAUAGAGUACAACACAAAUACAGACACACACACACACGCACACACACACACACACGUCGGGUAUACCUAUCCUUAUGGGGUACGCUCAUUCACUUCUAUGGGAAAAAUGCUAACGCUAACUAUGACACUAACCUUAACCCCCCACCCUGCCCAAACCAUAACCAUAAGUAACCAAACAAAAAACAAGCAUUUUUAGUUUUUUCAUAGCAGUCACCGAUUUUUAUAAAAUAGAGUUUUCCCUAAUGGGGACCAGAAGGGAAAAAAAUCGGAUAUUUACCAUCUCAUGGGGACAUUGGCUUUUUUGCUAGAAAAUGAAAGGUAAUGAGAAUUUUUGAAAUCACCGAUUCAUGGUCAAAAUUUCUUCAUGACAUGGAUUAAAAUAAAAUUUUGCAUGGUUUUCUCAUUGAGCCAGACCAAAUUUGCAUUUUGAUAAACACAACAAGCACAGUUUUUAAUAUUUUAAUUUAAUGAAAUAAAUAUUGCAGAUUUUUUUUUUUUGUAUAAUGGGAACAAUUAAAUAUUCUAGCUGUUGAAUGUAUGUGCUGUUCAGAGGAAUGUCUUUUCACUUAUAUAUUUUCCCAAAAAUUUACAUCAAUUUUUUGGUAACACGCCGACCAAAUAACAAUCAGCAAACAGCUAAAGAGAAUUCCACUUUUGAACAAAACUGUUUACUAUAACGGCAUUACACAAAUGGUAUUGCUGAUUACAAACUGAACACAUGAUAUUUGGGAUUUUUUUUUGCCUAAUCAUGGUGUCUCAGUGCUGUGUCAUUUAUUGCCUGGAAAUUCUCAUUUGGUCAGUUUCCAAAAGCUGAUUUUGUGAACUUGUUCAACUGUUGUAAUCUAUUUUGGUGUUGAGUGCAAUGCUACUCAGUUCAGACUUGAGUACUCUGUUAUGUUGCUAGUAAUGCAGUAUUGGUUUUGAAAGCCCUUAAACAAGUAUAUAAAAUAUAGUUGUUAUCUGUGAUAUGGUUAUGCAUUAAAUGGUAAUUGUUUUACUGAACUGAAAUGUUCUUUUUAUUUUUACUUGAAAUUACGUGUGCAGUAAAGCAGUUAAUACACCAACAGUAUUACACAAAGCCUCUUACUGAUUAUUAAUAAAGUGUAGUCUUUUACUUGUGAUUGUGUAGUGUGUAGUGUUUUCUUUUUUUAAAAAAUUGUCACCAUAGUGUUACAAAGUCAUCAUUUUUACUUCCUUUAUUCAUCUUUUGUACUUUAACAUGGACUGUCUUGUAGCCAGCUUUUCAUGGAAAUUUGAUUUGUACAUACAUGAUAUACCAAGAGCCUGACAAUGUUGUGUUUUUGAUGUACGAAUAAAUUGCUUGCAAAAAUAAA